UAAAGGCUUUUUGUUUUGACCGGGGUCUGUGGUUCCCCUGGUGGUGCUAGACGGUACUACAGGAAUUAUUUAGAUUUUUAGCAAACUAUGAAAUAAGACAAAACAGGAUAUAUUUUUUUUAACUUCUAAUAAUGUGUUUUACACAUAUCUAUCUAAAAUAUAAUGUUUAUAGAUUUUUGACAGCUAGUUAUUCUUUAUUUUUAGGUUUUAUUUUGAGUCAUCUGGGUUUAGUCGAAAACAUUUCUAAUGGAAAAAUGUCACUUCAUAUCCUAGAGUUUUCUUUAAAAAAUAGAGAGAGGGAGAGGGAGAAAACCAUGUCUAAUUUACUCCUUUUCAAUACUUUUUUUUUUUUUUACAUAGAUGGAAGUUGGAACCAUCCUGCACAAAGAGAGUUCACAGGUGAGGCCAUGGAAGUGGAGACAUUUGUAUCUAAAACCCUUGAGCUUUUACAAGACGAGCGAGAGGCAGAAAUACAGGAAACCAGAACAUGGCAGGAGAACAGUUCCUUAAAGGAUCUUCAAAGCAAAGGCAUUUGUCUGUUGAAGCUGCAGAUAGGCAGUCAGUUCACAGGCCUCUACGGCCGCACAGUUCUCGUUCUCGAGCCAAGGAAAUAUCUUGGUUUCUCGUCUCUUCCUAGUAACACCUUUGGUCCUGGGGAUAUCGUUGGCUUGUAUGAUACAGCUGGGUGCAGUGCAACCUCACAGAUAUGCACAGGGAUAGUAACCAGAGUCAGCCAAGCGUCUGUAAGUGUGGCCAUCGAUGUUCUAAAGGAUGAUGCCGUCCUGGAUACAAACUCGCAAUACAACCUCCUAAAAUUGGCCAACGAUGUCACUUAUAAGCGAAUGAAACGAGCGCUGAAUGCAUUAAAUGGAUAUAGCAAUGGACCGGCUGCCAAUCUGAUAAAUGUGCUUUUUGGAAACACACAACCCUCAUCUCAUUCACAACCAAAUGAAGUCCAAUUUUUCAACUCAAACUUAGAUGACUCUCAAAGAGAAGCAGUAGCGUUUGCUCUGUCCCAGAGAGAGCUGGCUGUGAUUCAUGGACCUCCUGGGACGGGGAAAACCACCACUGUUGUGGAAAUCAUCCUGCAGGCGGUGAAACAAGGUCAAAAGGUGCUCUGCUGCGCCCCCUCAAAUGUCGCUGUAGACAAUUUAGUGGAAAGGUUAGCACAGUGUAAAGCCAAAGUCCUGAGACUGGGACACCCUGCCAGACUGCUGGAGUCCAUCCAGAAACACUCGCUGGACGCCAUCCUCGCCCAGAGUGACAACGCAAACAUCAUUGCUGACAUCCGUAAAGAUAUUGAUAAAGUAUUUAUGGGAAUGAAGAAGGAGAAAGGUGAGCGUGGAAACUUUAAACGAGAAAUAGGGGAGUUGAAAAAGGAGCUAAAAUCCAGGGAGGCUACAGCCAUCACCCAAAUCCUGAAGAGUGCAGAUGUUGUGCUGUCAACCAACACUGGUGCCUCCGAUGAUGGUCCUCUGAAGCUCCUACCUGCAGAGCAUUUUGACUGGGUGGUCAUUGACGAGUGUGCUCAGGCGUUGGAGAGCAGCUGCUGGAUUGCGCUGCUCAGAGCUCGCAAGUGCAUUCUGGCUGGAGACUACAAGCAACUGCCUCCAACAAUCAAAUCACAAACAGCUGCAUCAAAAGGAUUGUCUCUGAGUCUUAUGGAAAGAGUUAUUCAGAUCUAUGGCGAUUCUGUGGUCCGCAUGUUAACGGUCCAGUACAGAAUGAACAGUGCCAUCAUGGAAUGGGCCUCCAAAGAGAUGUACCAGGGGAAACUAACAGCUCACAGCUCAGUGGAAAACCAUUUAUUAAAAGAUCUCUCAGGCGUCGCUUGUGUCGAAGAGACCAGCACUCCACUUCUUCUGAUCGACACGGCAGGAUGCGGCCUGACCGAGAUGGAGGUCACAGACGAACAGUCCAAAGGGAACCAAGGUGAGGUAGACAUUGUUAAGCUGCACAUAAAGGCCUUAACUGAAGCUGGCGUUAGAGCCAAAGAUAUUGCUGUCAUCGCUCCAUACAAUCUGCAGGUUGAUCUUCUGCGCCAGAGACUUUCUGCUCGGCAUCCAGAGCUGGAGAUAAAGUCAGUGGAUGGAUUUCAAGGCAGAGAAAAAGAAGCUGUUGUGCUCUCCUUAGUUCGGUCCAACAGGAAAGGUGAAGUUGGAUUUCUAGCAGAGGACAGAAGAAUAAACGUGGCAGUCACACGAGCGAGGAGACACAUCGCUGUGGUGUGUGACACUCAGACAGUCCAGAACCACGCCUUCCUGAAGUCCCUGGUCCAACACAUGAUUGGAUUUGGCGAGGUCAGAACAGCAUUCGAAUACCUGGAGGAUACUGUACCACAGAACUACACCCGUACCCACAAAGAAGCAAAAGCCACAUCUGCUUCUGCAUCCACCAAACAAAAGACUAGAGAUCAGCCCGGCAGCAAAGUGAAGCCGGCGCAGAAGAAGUCUGCGAACAGCAGCAAAGAGAGCACAGCUGGGACACAAAAUCGAGCAAAGUCCGAGCAAGAGCAAAGCAAGAGUAGACACAAUGAGAUCAGAGAGCAGGUGGAGAGCUUUAUGAAAGACUUAAAACAAAGUGAGCUGCAGUUCCCGGCUUCCUUUAACUCCCACGACCGUUUACUAGUCCACCAGAUUGCUGAGGAGCUAGGUCUGGUUCAUGAAAGUAAAGGAGAGGGCAGUGAUAGGUACAUAACGGUCUCCAGGCCCCUGAAGUCUGCACCAGCUCAGGAAGUACGACAAGAGGAAGAAGAAACAGUCUCCAAUGGAAACGAGGCAGCUUCCAUUCUGCAGAGCGAGCCUCAACCGUCAUUAGACCUGAAAAGUUUACACUUGGAGAGGAUGAAGAGGGAGCAGGAGAGGAGGGAGGAAGCCUCUCAGUCGAAGAAGCAGCAGAACAUCAUUCCUGCUGCGAAGGAGCAGCAAAUGAAAAAAACUAAAGGGAAAAGCAAAACAAAGGCGGGAGCCUGCGACGUUGCUGCUGCCGCUGCCCCUGACGAUGACUUCGAUGCUCUCAUCAGCGCCGUCAUGAAGGCUGACAGUGUUUGUAGUUUUGUCAAGUGUAAAGCUUCAGUCUUAACACUUGGACAGCUUUGCUUGUUUUGCAACAGGCAGUACUGCCUCAGUCAUCACAUACCAGAGGUUCACGGCUGUGGGGACAAGGCCAAGUCUCACGCUCGGAUGAGGAUCAGCAAAGAGGGGGUUCUGUAUGCAGGGAGCGGCAAAAAAGACAAAUCCAUGGACCCAAAUAAGAAGGCACACCUGCAAAGAAAACUGGACUCUAAAUUGAAGGACAUGGCUUCACAGAGAAAGCCAAAAAGCAAGGAGAAGGAAAACUAAUGUCACCUAAUCAACAUUUCAGCUCAACUAAAUGUGAGGAAAAUUGAGGCAAAUUACAAACUUGUGACGUACUUUUAAUUUACAUUUUGAAAUACGUUUGGCGUUUUACUCUGCAGAAUUCUGACACGUCUACCCUGUGUUCACGCUGAUAGUCAGAGGGCAGAUGGUGAGAGGGCUCGAGUUUUUCCAGUCCUCAUUUAAUCCGAGAGAAAAGUAGGGAAAUAUUCUCUCUGUAAACUUGUCUUUAAAUGUGUGUAUCACUGUGGAAUUUGCAGUAUUGAUGAAGACCACCUUUCCCUUGUUCAAGUCCAGCUUUACAGUGAUCCUCUCAGGCUUCUGCUUCAUAGUGAGCAGGGCGCGAGGGGAGCUUUCAGCCCACAGCGACUCGCCGUUACACAGACCGAUCACCCAGAAGCCCUCAUCAGGGUUCAAGAAGAUGGUGCUUUUUCUUUUGAUGGACUCUCGAACCACUCCAACGUGCCAGUCUUUGGCCUGGCCCAACUCCACAGUCCAGCUGUGAAAUCCAGAUGUGAAGCCCGUGGCGCCCAGGACGCACACACGGUUAGUGCAGCGUUCAGGGUUGUCGGGCAGGGGCUGUUUUUGGCUGUAGUGCAGACUCGUCAGGUCUUGACAGAGCUUUAAGUUUGGCUGCGCUGUGUUUGGAUCCAGGAUGAUCGGAGCUGAAAAACAUUCCCUCCUGUUAACUGCUGAGAUUGUACAUCUGACUUAUGAAUUUGGAGGCAGCUGUUCACCCACCAUAUUUGACAGAAUUCGCCAUUUUCUUCCAAAUUCUAAACUUGAGGAUUCCCAGAUGCUUUGCAGAAUUGAUCAGGAUGUCUCGAAUAUACUCUGGCUCCUGGAUGUUGCAUUUGACCCUAAAAUAUGUUAAAAUCAAUACAAAAUGGUAGAAAAAAAUGGUAGUAAUGGGUUGGUUGAGAAUACCUUUUCUUCGUCUGCUUGUAACCCUUAAAAGAGUAGAAAGAGGAAAAAGUCACCACAAAUGCAAUGUUAAUAGAGUUAUUGUAAAUACAUAAACACUUUUUAACAAUAAUUUUGUCAGAAGGCCCCCAUUAUAAAUUUAAAAAAUACUCUUCCACAUUUUACGGGUUUCAUGUAACCCAAGAAAGAAUUUUAGAAUAGCUUUUGAAGUCAUAUUAUGCUGCUCUGCCAGGCCUCCUCAUCAUCCUCACCACCUUCAUCUGUUCUGAGCUGCACAUAUUUUUCUGCUCUUCUCUCAUUCUCUGCCAGUUUGUUGAAGUUUUGUGGUCAAGCCCACAUUAUUCAUGUCUUGUUGCCUGAUCACCACAGCUCCUCAUCCUGUCCUGCUCUCUGAAAAGUCUUGAAACCCUCCUGAACUUCUACAAAUCAACUCUGUAAGAAACCAUCAGCACAAACUUCUGUAAGCAUUGCAAAAAUAACAAAAAUUCUGUAUUUUAAAAUCAAAAUACGCUGCAACAGUUUGGGAUGACAGCACCCGGGCCUUGGCCAAAGUUUGCACUGUUUGCAUGUGAUGGCAAGAGGAAAUUCUUAUUUUUGGAAAAUUAAGUUAUACUAUUUCAUUAAUAAAACAGUUUGAAAACUUAA